CUAUUGGCUAUUUGUAACAGAAAGAAUACAGCCGUUGGUGCCUGCUUUGUUGACAUCCGAUCGUCCAACACGAGUGUGAAGUUUUUUUUGACUGAAUCAUUCAUUUAGAUGGCUACAAGUUACCGGAAACCAGCUCCCUCGGCUAGCCAAAGGAAAAAGCCAGUUCACAAACCCGAACUGACUGAAGAGCAAAAGCAAGAAAUAAAGGAGGCUUUUGACCUUUUUGACACAGACGGAACUGGAACCAUAGACGUGAAAGAGCUGAAGGUUGUCAUGAGAGCUCUUGGGUUUGAGCCAAAGAAAGAAGAAAUCAAGAAGAUGAUUGCAGACAUUGAUAAAGAGGGCUCUGGAACAAUUGACUUUGGAGACUUUGUCAGUAUAAUGGCAGUGAAAAUGGGUGAAAAGGACUCCAAAGAAGAGAUCAUGAAGGCUUUUCGGCUGUUUGAUGAUGACUGCACGGGGAGAAUCUCAUUCAAAAACCUCAAGAGAGUUGCUAAAGAGCUGGGUGAAAACCUCACGGAUGAUGAGCUGCAGGAAAUGAUUGACGAAGCAGACCUUGAUGGAGACGGUGAAGUCAACGAGCAGGAGUUCUUGCGGAUAAUGAAGAAGACCAAUCUUUAUUGAGUGUGUUAGUUUAAAACUCUUGAUCUGAUGACAUCAGAACAGUUUAUACAGUAGCUUUGCUUUUUAUGGGACUUAGGCUGAUUAGUUCUCUUUGUAAAUAAAUAUUUUAACAUACUGUAUCUUUGCACAGAUUUUUCUACAAUGCAAGACAAAUAAAUAUAUUUCAUCAUA